AUGUCCGCCGCCGUGCUCGCCCCGACCGCGCGCGCCUCCGAGAACGUCGACCCGUCGCCUCCGGCGAAGAUGCCGCGACUGGAAGAUCAGCUCCGAGUGAAGAAGAUCAGCGAACACGCGACGCUGCCCGCGCGCGGGAGCGACGGCGCCGCGGGGUACGACCUCGCGAGCGCGUACGACUACGUUAUCCCCGCGCGAGGCAAGGAGCUCGUGAAGACGGACCUCUCGAUCGCGAUCCCGAAGGACACCUACGCGCGGAUCGCGCCGAGAAGCGGGCUGGCGUGGAAGCACUUCAUCGACACGGGCGCGGGCGUCGUGGACUACGACUAUCGCGGCAACGUCGGGGUCAUCCUGUUCAACCACAGCGACAAGGACUUCGAGGUCAAGAAGGGCGAUCGCGUCGCGCAGAUGAUCUUAGAGCGGAUCGUGACGCCGGGCGUGGUCGAGGUGGAGGAUCUGGACGCGACGGACCGCGGCGCCGGAGGGUUCGGCUCCACCGGCGGGUUUCAGCCGCAAAAGUGA